UGUACUUUGUGCGGUACUUGUGCUGCCUGGCAUAGAAAAAAGCAACAACAACAAUUGCAUAACAAUAGCCAAGCUUAAGCUAGUGGCCCAGUUGAAACGCGGAUUAAACUAAACAUUAAUUCCAAGUGAAGCCUCGCCAUUUAGAUACAACAUUUUCUUCAAUAUGAUGUCCUUUAAAUCGUUUUUGUUGCUUAGCUUAUCACUUGCUGCCAUCGCCGCCUACGCUUACGCCCAGAUAGCCCCCGGCUCGAACGCGUAUUUGCCGCCCACUAAGAACGGCUACGACUAUCCGGAGCCCAAUAAGCCAUUCCAACCUUCUCCGCCCGGUAGAAACGGUGGUUCACGCCCAGCACCACCAGCUGGCCCACGCAACAUUCCCGGUCAGCCAGGCGAUGAUCAUGUGCAUAUGCCCGGCAUGCCGUUCGAAUUCGAGUAUGCUGUCCAGGACCCAGACACGGCCAACGACUACGCGCACAAGGCUUCCAGCGAUGGCGAUGUGGUGACUGGCGAAUAUCGCGUCCAGCUGCCCGACGGACGCACUCAGGUAGUGCGCUACACGGCCGACUGGAAGACUGGCUACCAUGCGGACGUCAGCUAUGAGGGCGAGGCUCAGUAUCCGGAGGGACCAGCAGCUGGCGGACGCGGUGGCGGCGGCGGCGGUGGUGCCGGUGGCUACAAGUACUAGAAAGAGAAAGAGAGAGAGAGAGAAAAGAAGAAAGAGAGAGAUGCAGCAGGGAGCAGGAAACAACGCUCGGUCCGUAUCGCGUUUUGAGUUAUGUCUGUCGUCAUUAUCUUGUUGUGAAUUCCAUAACAAAUGUCUAAACUUUAUGCUAUACCAAUAAAAAUUAUUGAUAAAUUUUGUAUAA